AUGCCGUUGCCCAAAGUGGACAACGAAGCUCCCAACACGGAGGAUUACAUCAAUGACAGCCAUCGCAACUCAAGCAGCAAUGGUACCUUUGUCAACGACAACCCCAACAACAACAUUGGCGGCCAACGCCGCGUCUCAAAGGCCACUCUGCUGCGCAACCCUCUAGCGGGUAUGACCCGAGCAGAGCUCCUUGCUGACGUUGACUCUUUCGUCGACGCCAGGGGUCUUCAAGAGCAUCGCGAGGACUUCCGAAAGGGAGCUCUGGUUGCUCAAGUCAACAAUACCCCAGGCGCAUUUGAGAAGAUUGACAUUGUCACUGAGGAGGAGAAGGCCGUUCUCCGAAAGGAAGAGACAUCUCGAUGGCACCAACCCUUUGCCUUGUACUUCCUCUGCACGCUUUGUGCUGGGUCUGCUAUCGUGCAGGGUAUGGACCAAACCGCUGUCAAUGGUGCUCAGAUGUUUUAUUUUGAGGAGUUUGAGAUCGGAAACGAAUGGAUGCAAGGCUUCACUAACGGAGCUCCUUACCUCUGCUCUGCUCUCAUCGGAUGUUGGACUAGUCCUAUUCUUAACAAGUAUACUGGUCGUCGCGGAACUAUUUUCAUCUCAUGUGCUAUAUCGACUAUCACUGGUUUCUGGAUGGCCGCUGCCACCUCUCUCCCUAACUUCCUCGCUGCACGUUUCAUGCUCGGUUUCGCCGUCGGAGCUAAGUCCAGUACAACCCCUGUAUACUCCGCUGAGUGUACGCCCAAGAACAUCCGUGGUGCUCUUACCAUGAUGUGGCAGAUGUGGACUGCCUUUGGUAUCGCGCUUGGUUUCAUCGUCUGUGUUGCAUUUCAGAACGUCACCAUUAUCGGCGGCCCAAACUCUCCCUGGCGAUGGAUGAUGGCGUCGACCUCUGUCCCUCCGCUGAUCGUCAUGUUACAAGUCUACUUUUGCCCCGAAAGUCCUCGCUGGUAUAUGGAGCGGGGAGAUUUCAACAAGGCUCUCCGUUCUGUUCGAAAGCUUCGGUUCAACUCUGUCCAAGCCACUCGAGACAUGUACUACGCCUACAAGCUUCUCGAGAUCGAGCGAAGCGAGAGAGAGGGACGAAACUUGCUCAAGGAGUUCUUCACUGUCCGUCGUAAUCGACGUGCUGCUCAGAGUGCCUGGUUCUGCAUGUUCAUGCAACAAUUCUGCGGAGUAAAUGUAAUUGCAUAUUAUUCAACUUCAAUCUUUCAGGACGCCAGCUACAGUCUGUCCGAAGCCCUCCUCGUUUCAAUGGGAGGAGGUAUCAUCAAUUUCCUCUUCGCCAUCCCUGCCAUCUACACCAUUGAUACCUUCGGCCGAAGAAACUUGCUUCUUGUCACAUUUCCUCUCAUGGCUGCUUGUCUCUUUUUCACUGGCGGCGUGUUUCAAAUCGGGGAACAAAACCAACAGGCUCUCAUCGGUACAGUUACCACAGGCCUUUACCUCUUUAUGGCUGUUUACUCGCCUGGUCUGGGCCCUGUGCCCUUCACUUACAGUGCUGAGGCAUUUCCCUUACACAUUCGAGACAUCGGUAUGGCAUCCAGUACCGCCAUUACAUGGGGAUUCAACUUCAUCAUCAGUUUCACUUGGCCAGCUCUGCGUCGCGCGAUGGGUAACACAGGCGCUUUUAGCUGGUACGGCGCAUGGAAUAUCUUCGGUUGGGUUUUCUGCUAUUUUCUUCUCCCCGAGACUAAGAACUUGACUCUUGAAGAGCUGGACAUGGUCUUUGGUGUUAGCAACAGAGAGCAUGCUUCUUACUACGCGAGGAAGUUACCCUGGUACCUCAAGAAGUACCUCCUUCGGCAGGAUGUCCCCCCCUUCCCUCCUCUUUAUGAGUUUGCUGCCAAUGAUGGACACUACCCACAAGAAAAGCCUGACGCAAAGCAUGUCGAGGGGAACAAUCUGACUCCCGACUCUGGAGACAAGGAAAUCAUGUCUGAGCGCAGAUAG